GCAGAUCGGACUCCGCUUUUCUUUUUCCCUCUUUUCGUCCGUGAUAUGGGAGCCGCCGGCACUCACCGGGGCGCCUGGAUCGGAGGAGGGGAGGCGGGGAGAACGGCACAGGCCAGAGCAUAGGGUGAUGAGGACUGUCCUCCCUGACCUGAAUGCAGAUGACCAGUGAUGGACACAACAUCCCCUCAACAUUUGUUGGAUGACGUAAUAAACAGAGGAACGGGAGAACAGCAGCAGGAGGAAUUUCUGAGCUUGCUGGAGACGAUUGUUCUAAUCAUCUUUCUCUCAGUUAUUAUCAUCAUGACAGUGUUUGGUAACCUGCUGGUCAUGGUGGCACUCUGCAAGGAUAGACAUUUAAGAAAGAAGAAGACCAACUACUUCAUUGUGUCGCUGGCCUUUGCCGACCUGCUGGUGGCGUUGCUGGUGAUGCCCUUCGCUGCGAUCGAGCUGACCACCGGAGAGUGGCGGUACGGAGAGAUCUUCUGUCUGGUCCGAACGUCUCUGGACGUCCUGUUGACCACGGCGUCCAUAUUGCACCUCUGCUGCAUUGCGCUGGACAGGUAUUACGCUAUCUGCUGCCAGCCGCUGGUCUACAGACACAAGAUGACCCCGCUCAGAGUGGCGGGGAUGCUCAGUGGCUGCUGGCUCAUCCCGACAUUCAUCUCCUUUCUACCCAUCAUGCAAAGCUGGAACGCCAUCGGCAUCGAGGACAUUAUUGAGGACAGACGCUCGUCAGGAGGCUCCAACGACACCAGCUGUGUGUUUCUGGUGAACCGGCCGUACGCCCUGAUCUGCUCCACGGUGGCCUUCUACGUCCCGUUGGCUCUCAUGGUCCUGGCCUACCAGCGGAUCUACGUCACCGCCAUGACCCAUGUGCGGCAAAUAGAAACACUGCAGCGGGCCGGUUCGGCGCCCGUCUUCGGGACGACCCCGGUGGUCACCGUGAGGUCCUCCACCUCCUCGGAUCCGACGGACCAGUACCACCUCAGGACAGCGGCGAGCUCAUCCUCCUCGGAGCACGCUCCCAUAGCGAACAGCCGCAUGCGCAUUGAGACGAAGGCGGCAAAGACGCUGGCGGUCAUAAUGGGCUGUUUCUGUCUCUGCUGGGCGCCGUUCUUCAUCACCAACGUGGUGGACCCCUUCAUCCAUUACUCGGUGCCCUGGCAGCUGUGGACAGCCUGGCUGUGGCUCGGGUACAUCAAUUCAGGGUUGAACCCUUUCCUGUACGCCUUUCUGAACCGGGCAUUUCGGAGGGCCUUUCUGGUGAUCCUGUGCUGCGGGGAUGAGCGGUACGCGCGGCAGGGGAGCUGCUCCUACGGACACACCCAAAGGGCGUACUCGGCCGGGUCGGUCAACGGGACGUCAAUGGCACUGAGAUUGUCAUUCCUACCAAAUCGGAGCUACAGCGACAACGGGCGGACGAUGCUGGCUAACGAGCAGGAGUCCCAGGACUCUCUAGGACCACUCUGAAGAUAGGACCCUCGAGUCUGCUCACAGAUGAAGAAUUCUUGGCCCGUGUAAUGUCAACAGUCUACUGUGAUCUGACCUGAGACUGAGACUGGGAUUAUCUCAGCUGGGUAUUCACUCCAUGAUCCAGAAUCCUCAUCAGAUGACUUUUUGUAUGUGGAUGCAGUCCAUGUUCAGAGGCACUACUGCAGCCGUCCGACACGCAGACAGUCUGAUCUGGUUACAUGCAACGUGGGUGCAUACCAAAGCACUUGUUGUGUUGCGUCCAUGGAAUAAAACAUACCCAAUACUUUUUCAGGUUCUGAUUCUACAACUGAUUUUGUUCAGACAUCAUGAUCACUGGACGUGAAGAUGAAGUCCAGUGAUAAAUUCAGCUCCGUCUUUGAAACCUCUGUUCUGGCGCUCCUGCAUAGUUAUAACAGAGGUAACUGCCAGCUGCUCACGCAGACCGCAAAGCUCAUUAGAUUUGAAGUUAAAUUUAUUGUAGAGCAGUUAGUAUUAUUGUGUUUCACCAGCAUUGGCAGCACUGAGAAACAGCUGAAUGUAAUGUCACAAUUAGAUGUUUGGCGUUUAUAUCGUAUUUCAUUUUGAAAUAGAUGUAAACACCAAAAGACCAAAGGCCCAGAAUGUGAAAUCAGACAAUUACGGACUUCAGUGUGGCAGUUUGUGAUGAAAUAUGGUGUGAUGUAAAACUUCUAUUGUUGACUGUUGAGAUGAAACACCUUUGAUGGCACAUACGAUAUUGUUGCACUUACGUCUGGCUGAACGUUUCAAAUGUGUUGCAUUUUGUUUGAAAGCCAGCAGCGAUGUUGUGUUAGUUUGGUAGUGCAGCUCUACAUCACGGCAGAUGUGUACAUCACAAGGGGGAAAGCUUGGCUUUCACUGCAAGGAGCGACAGAGACGGGUUGAAAAUGAACCAGACAUGGUUUAAAGGACAUCAAUAUAUUUAGCAUACAAACAGACACACUGCUAUACAAAUAUUCCGAAAAAGUUUUUAAAAAGUUUAAAAGUUUAAAGAAACUGCGUGAUGAGAAUCAUCAUGACACAAAUGUAAAUGCGGAUAUGAAUUGCAUGCAGAGAAAAGCCCUUUAUACAGGAAGAGGUCCUUUGGAUUUCACUGAUGUUACUGAUAAUAACAAAUAUGCAACAAAUGUUUCUCUUGUUUGGCUCAACGUGAAACGUAAAUAAUGACGUAGCUAAUGGAGGGCGGAAGAGACGGAAUUGAAGAGACCUGAAGAUGGAGACCUGUGAUCAUCAAGUAUCUCAAUUAGAUUCAAUAUUUUUUAUUAAAUAAGUAAUUAUCUAUUUUAUAUUAUUUAAUUUGAUAAUUUUAGUUUAUUUUAUUUAUUUUUUCAGUUCUUAAAAAAUAUGUAAUAUAAUAUAUAGACAACAACAAGAAAUGUAAAGUAUAAGGGCUUUCUGAAUAGUUUACAAUCGCUCUGUAAGAGACAAAAGACAAGAGACAAAAAGUAGUUUUCAUUUUUUUUAAAAGGCUGAUUAAUUUCCUGAAGGAGGUAUAGGCACUGUGUUUGGGCACCGGAUGUUUCUCAGACGAGGGAACUGGGAAUUGUCGUUGAGUAUUUUCCGCUACUAAUGUGGUGCUUAGUGAGUGCAAGGAAUUAUUGUCAUGAUAAUUUCACUAAACUCUUUUCUGGGCCACAUUAUCAGCAUUUCGGGAAGCGCUCAUUUUGCAGCUUUAAAAAGAGUAUUAAAAAAAGUAAUUUCACGUCUUCAAUCAUUAUUUUUUGUUCUCUCCACACUAAACCUGAAAACGAGAAGUGGAAAUGUUUCAGCAAACAAUAUCAAUAUUUCCCUAAUUAGACAUGAUAGCACUUUCAGGCCGGGCAGAAUAUCCCUCAAACAAAGCAUUGCAGACUUGUCUGUCUCUCUACGCUGUUGAAUGAAAUCAGGUGAUUUUGACCACUAGAGGUCAAUAUUCAUGCUCCUUUUAGCCUUAAUUGGGGCACUUUUCCUUAAUUGGAGGUUUUUUUUGUUGCGCUCCCUGCUGUUUCAUGUUGGGCAUGUUGCAUAUUGUCAGUAGUUUUGUGAUUGCUCGCUUGUACUACAAUACCUGAAAGGCCCGUGAUGUUAGGGUUUAAAAAGAAAACAAAAAAAACAAAAAGUAAUGGGCGGAUGAAAUCGAAAAACAGCUCAAGUUGUUAUUAAGCUACAGAGAGGCUUUGGUGGCACUCUGAUCCUAGUAUCCGAGUUUUAAAAAACGCCUUCAUCCCGAUUUACCCCACCUCUGAUGUUUGAUGCUUGAUUUACGUCUAAAGCGACACUGUCUGUCUAUCACAACAUGAUCAGGAGAUGGACACACGGAGGUGUGAUGCCAACUCGACCGCCUACACCUUGUCGCCACAUUUUCAUUUCUGUUUCUCUCUGCAUCUCUGCCUCGCCAAACAGCAGUUAACUAAUCAUCCUUCUUCUUUUAUUCGCAAUGCACAACCUCAGAGUCCAACUUGAAAGAUGACGAGCUGGAUGAAUGUCUUGUUACAAUGUGACAACUUUUACUAGUCCCUGUAUUUCAUCUUUAUCGUGUGCAACGGAGAAUAAACAGAGAAUUUUCCAAUUA